UAGAAGAGUGUUUUGUUUCGCGGCUGAUGGGGGAAAUGCUAUGGUAACUCUUGACCUUCCUCGUCCCCAGCUCUGGUCAGCUGAAUGUGGAGGGAGAGACCCCUGCAGCCAUCAUCUUCCAUGGUCUUCUCAGGCCACACGAUCUCCAAGUAGCAGGGAAAAAGACAGUGAGCCUGCAUGCCAAUUCUAAGCUCUUCCGGAUCAAAAAUGGCAGCCUGUGGAGGCACCUGCAAGAACAAAGUCACUGUCUCCAAGCCUGUGUGGGACUUCCUGAGCAAGGAGACCCCCGCCCGGCUGGCCCGGCUUCGGGAGGAACACCAAGUGUCCAUCCUCAUAGAUGGCGAGACUUCUGACAUCUAUGUGCUCCAGCUGUCCCCGCAGGGUCCUCCCCCAGCCCCUCCCAAUGGGCUCUACCUGGCCCGGAAGGCUCUCAAGGGGCUCCUGAAAGAGGCAGAGAAAGAGCUGAAGAAAGCUCAGAGGCAGGGGGAGCUCAUGGGCUGCCUGGCUUUGGGGGGUGGCGGGGAGCACCCUGAGCUGCACCGCCCAGGCCCACCUCCUCUCCGAGCAGCCCCGCUCCUGCCCCCAGGGUCAAGAGGGCUCCCCCCUCCUCCUCCCCUGCCCCCUCCACUCCCUCCUCGACUCCGGGAGGAGGCAGACGAGCAGGAGAGAACCUGCCCCAUUUGCCUGGGGGAGAUCCAGAACGCCAAGACACUGGAGAAGUGCAGGCACUCCUUCUGCGAGGGCUGCAUCACCCGGGCCCUGCAGGUGAAAAAAGCCUGCCCCAUGUGUGGCCGAUUCUAUGGGCAGCUGGUGGGUAACCAGCCCCAGAACGGGCGGAUGCUGGUCUCCAAGGACGCCACCCUCCUGCUGCCCAGCUACGAGAAGUAUGGCACCAUCGUUAUCCAGUACGUCUUCCCGCCCGGCGUCCAGGGGGCUGAACACCCCAACCCAGGGGUUCGGUACCCUGGUACCACACGGGUGGCCUACCUCCCGGACUGCCCCGAGGGCAACAAGGUGCUGACCCUGUUCCGGAAGGCAUUUGACCAGCGUCUCACCUUCACUAUCGGCACGUCCAUGACCACAGGAAGACCCAAUGUCAUCACGUGGAACGACAUCCACCACAAGACCAGCUGCACAGGGGGACCCCAGCUGUUUGGGUAUCCGGACCCCACCUACCUGACUAGGGUGCAAGAGGAACUAAGAGCGAAGGGCAUCACAGAUGACUGAAGGACCUCCUUUUGCCAAGGCCCCUGCUCUCCUCUUCUAGGUUCCAACGGAAGCCUCUGUACUCCUCUCUCUCUCUGCCCCCUACACCACCCACAAGGGGACUUGUCUGACUGGGGUGGGAGUUCCGUGGAGAAGGGGACAGCCUCUAACCCUGCCCCCCACUGGCCGAGUGCUUCGGUGUCCUUUGAGCCACUCCCCUCUGGCAGAGGCUGUUUCCAAGGCCCCCCCCCUCCCUGCACUCCAUGUACAUACUCUCUAUGCCCCUGCUCCUCCAGGGUCCUUGGCUUUUCCUGGUAUGUACCGUUCUCCAGUGACUGAGCUGAGAAAGGACUUGGGUAGAGAGGACAGGGGUCUCUUGAACUCCAGCGCCUAAAUACUGUCUCACCUUGGACUGAUAAUAGCCGCCUCCCCCAGCCAGCUGUGUGUUAAGAUAACAGUAGUCCUACCUUAAGGGAUCCUUUCUCUCCUGUGUCUGUCUCUGUCAGUCUGUCUUUCUCUCGCUCUUCUCUGCCCUAUAAGGAGCCUCCUCCUCACCCUGAUCUGGAAUUGCUGCCAGACCGUAGCUUUUAAUUUAAUAAAAAUAAAGUAAAAUAUGCAACUCGAU